AUGCUCUGGGAAGAGAACCUUAAGGAAGAAAGGAGAAAAUGCCUUAUCCAUUGGCCUUACACACCUGUGGAGGACAAGGAGGAACAGACUUCAACUUUGAUGGGAGGAACAAUGGAGCAACGCUGGAAAAAAUAUGGGUGUGGGUUGGAGGGUGGCAGAUCAAGUGUGUGAAGGCCUGGCUGACGGACGGAAGGUCUGCACAGUACGGCAGUCCCUCGGGAUCUCAGAAAGAGUUUGUGUUCCAGCCCGGGGAGCUGUUUUCGUCCCUCUCACUGUGGGGGAAUGGGGCUGGCACACGCAUGGGCGCCUUCAAGUUCAGGACAAGCAAAGGCAGGGAUUUCUUCGUGCAGAUGACAGACUGGGGCCUAAAGACAGAGUACCCAGUCGACAUCGGCUCUGGUAUCUGCCUUGGACUUCAGGGCAAAGCCAGUUCAGACAUCGACUGCAUGGGCUUCAUCUUCAUUAAUUCGGUGAAACGUUCAGAAUUGAUCAACGUAACAUACCCUACACUACACAAAGAGCUUCCAAAAGUCCAGAUGGAAGAGAUCAAAUCAAUCAGUUACAAGAAUAAGGGUUCUGUCCCCCAAACCUAUAAAAUGGAAUCCUCCAAGACCUUGACCAAAACCUCCUCCUGGUCGAUCUCAAACAAGCUGGAGGCAACCGUGAGCAUCAGCGUCAAAGCCGGCAUUCCGGAUGUCGUGGAGGUUGCAAGUGGCUUUAGUUUCACCGUUGGCACCGAGAGUACGCGCGGUGUGGAGAAUUCAGAAUCGAAAACCGAGCUCCUCUCAUUCGAUGUCACGGUUCCUCCAGGCAAAACCACGGUGAUCGACGUAACCAUCGGUCGUGCAGAUAUCGAUCUCCCGUACAAGGGAACGGUGCGCAUGUCCUUAUUGAACGGCGCCACCUUCGACAUCCCAAUGGAGGGUGUCUACAAGGGCCUCGCCUACACCAAAGCGACUGCAGAAACAAAGGAAAAGUGACACGGCAUUGCAAAAGCACGCACGUACUGCGCUUUACCAGCUGCAUGCUGCAUGCAACGCUGCCUGUCUUUAAAAAAUAUUCAUUGAAACCUGCGGUAUAAAAUAUGAUGCAAUACAUACGCCAUUUCAGAGAGUACAGUUCUUGCAAUUAAGGAACCUUUGAAUCGGUGAAAAAAGAAUUAACACAAAGAUGCAGUUAUUUCAACGACUUUUUCUCGCACAUACCGUGCAUAAGCGAGUGUGUUCGCUCAGAAAUCACAAUGAAAUGAUCAUAAUCAUAAUGUUUAUUUAUCCUGGAGGAAUCCGAUGAUCUAUGAAUCGCUUUUUUACAGAUGUCCAGAAGGGGCGAGUCAGCAAGUUACAACAACAAACAAUACAAAACACGAUAGGAGUCCAAAGUAGAGCAAUGGUAAGCAAGUAGCUAAAACAUAAAUAAGUAAAUAACAAUAAAAAAGUAUAUACGUACAAAUAGCAUAAGUAUAUUCCUGACGAUUUUUCAAAACUAAAUGCAAACUUGGGCAAGGCAACAAAACGACGACAAAAACAGUUCCAGACCAAACCAACACUGCAGAGCGUAUCUUCAUAAUAUUGUAUAUUACGACAUCCACGUUUGAAUGAUACCAAACGAAACGGUGACAGAAAGACAAAGAUUCCUCAAACAAUCAACCAAUCUUCAUUUGUGUUGGGACAGCUAUUUUCAGAAACGCUCAUAUUUUUUUUCCAUUUCACACUGCAUGGAAAAUUCAAAUUAUGACAACUGGCCUCGAAUUAGCAACAGUUUCUCCAAAGUUGACAUCCACAAAUUCAGUAUCAUCACCACCACCAUCUGGAUUUUUGUAUAUUGAUUACAAUUGCAUGCUCUUUUAUUAUAGGAAAUGGCAUGCAAAUAGUCAUUUGCAUGUUAUGCAAUGCU